GGACAACUCCUGCCUUGCCGGGAACUGGAUGAAGACAUCUCAACACCAGACUCUCCUUUCCCCUCAUGGACCGUUACUUGAAAAUAAAUUCUCUUUGGAUGAUGUUAAUUGUCUUCUCCAUUGAUUAUUGGCAACUGGCGCAUUCAGAGAAGACGGCUUCCAAUAUAGAUUUCCAACUCUUUGGACUUCCAGCUCUCAGAGUUUCAUAGUUUUGAACACCCCCCUUAUAAAUGCAUUGCAAUGGUCACAUGAACGUUUGGAGAGUGGUACUGACACCAUCACUUGGUCUGUUUAUAAUGGCACUUUAGAAGGACGAAGCCAAUUGUUGUUGUUUUUCUAGUAACUAAAUGAACAAACAUAAAGUGCUGCAAAAAACAUGAAUCUUAUUGUGAAGCUUCGUAGAAGUUUUCGAACAUUGGUCGUUCUCUUAGCCACCUUUUGCUUAGCAAGCAUAGUCAUUUCUGCUUAUUACUUGUAUACAGGUCACAAGCAGGAAAUAGCCCUCAUUGAUACCACAGGAGGGGCAGAGUGUGAGGAUCUUAAACUCUUGCCCUACAGGUCAAUGGAGCUUAAAACGGUGAAGCCCAUCGAUCCAUCUAGGACUGACCCGACUGUGCUGCUCUUUGUGGAGAGCCAGUACUCUCAGCUCGGCCAAGACAUCAUAGCCAUUCUGGAGUCAAGUCGGUUUCAGUUUCAGAUGGUGAUUGCAUCAGGAAAAGGGGACCUUCCUCCACUGGCAGACAAUGGCAAAGGGAAAUACAUCCUCGUAAUCUAUGAAAAUAUUUUGAAGUACACCUCCAUGGAUUCAUGGAAUAGAGAACUCCUGGAAAAAUACUGUGUGGAAUACAGUGUUAGCAUAAUUGGUUUUCAUAAAGCCAAUGAGAACAGCAUGUCGAGCACUAAACUCAAAGGAUUUCCAUUACAUCUCUACAAUAAUGCCGCUCUGCAAAACUGCUUAGUAAACCCCCAGUCUCCUCUGCUUCACAUUACCAAAGCCCCAAGGGUUGAGAAAGGCCCAUUACCUGGUGAAGACUGGACCAUUUUCCAAUAUAAUCACUCCACUUAUCAACCAGUGCUUUUAACAGAAUUUCAAGCUUCCAAACCAUUCCCAGUAUCACUGCCUAAGGCUUCUCUCUAUGCGACAGUGAUUCAGGACCUGGGACUUCAUGAUGGGAUUCAAAGAGUUCUUUUUGGAAACAAUUUGAACUUUUGGCUGCACAAACUCAUUUUUAUAGAUGCCAUCUCUUUCCUGUCAGGGAAGAGGCUUACAUUGUCCUUGGAUAGAUACAUUCUUGUUGACAUCGAUGACAUCUUUGUUGGGAAGGAAGGGACAAGGAUGAAUGUUAAAGAUGUGAAGGCCUUACUAGAGACUCAAACUUUACUACGCACUCAGGUUGCAAAUUUUACCUUCAACCUUGGAUUUUCAGGAAAGUUUUACCACACAGGAACCAUUGAAGAAGAUGAAGGUGAUGAUCUCUUGUUGAGUUCUGUGGAUGAGUUCUGGUGGUUUCCUCACAUGUGGAGCCACAUGCAACCUCAUCUCUUCCACAACGAGUCAUCUCUGGUAGAACAGAUGAUCCUCAACAAGGAAUUUGCACUAGAACAUGGUAUUCCAACUGACAUGGGCUAUGCAGUGGCUCCACACCAUUCUGGCGUCUACCCUGUUCAUAUUCAGCUUUAUGAAGCCUGGAAGAAAGUCUGGGGUAUUAAAGUCACCAGCACUGAAGAGUACCCUCAUCUGAAACCUGCACGGUACAGGCGGGGCUUCAUCCACAAUGGCAUCAUGGUGCUCCCUCGACAGACGUGUGGACUUUUCACCCACACAAUUUUCUACAAAGAAUAUCCUGGAGGGCCUCAAGAACUAGACAAAAGUAUACGAGGAGGUGAACUGUUUCUUACCAUCCUUCUCAACCCAAUCAGUAUCUUCAUGACUCAUUUGUCUAACUACGGGAAUGACCGCUUGGGUUUGUACACGUUUGUCAAUCUGGCCAGCUUUGUUCAGAGCUGGACAAACCUGAAGCUGCAGACCCUGCGUCCCAUUCAGCUGGCUCACAAGUAUUUUGAGCUCUUCCCUGAGCAAAAUCCACUCUGGCAGAAUCCAUGUGAUGACAGACGACAUCGGGAUAUCUGGUCUAGGGAUAAAACGUGUGACCAUCUACCAAAAUUUCUUGUGAUCGGACCUCAAAAAACAGGAACAACAGCGCUUUAUUUAUUUCUCCUUAUGCAUCCUUCCAUCAUUAGUAAUCUCCCUAGUCCAAAAACCUUUGAAGAGGUUCAGUUCUUUAAUGGCAACAACUAUCACAAGGGAAUUGACUGGUAUAUGGAUUUUUUCCCUACUCCUUCUAACCUCACCACUGAUAUCGUGUUUGAGAAAAGUGCCAACUACUUCCAUUCAGAAGACGCUCCCAGGCGUGCAUUCUCCCUGAUCCCCAAGGCAAAAAUCAUCACCAUUCUCAUCGAUCCAUCAGACCGGGCAUAUUCCUGGUAUCAGCACCAGCGUUCUCAUGAGGACUCAGUUGCCCUAAAAUUCAAUUUCUAUGAAGUGAUUACUUCAGAUGACUGGGCACACAGUGACCUGAAGGCUCUACAGAAAAGAUGUUUGACCCCUGGCUGGUAUGCUAUCCACAUAGAAAGGUGGCUAACACACUUCCCCACUUCACAGUUGCUAAUAAUUGAUGGACAGCAGCUGAGAAGUGACCCAGCAACCGUAAUGGAUGAAGUUCAAAAGUUUUUGGGAGUUUCUCCUCAUUAUAAUUAUUCAGAAGCCCUAACGUUUGACCCUCAGAAAGGGUUUUGGUGUCCUACUGAAGGAGGAAAGACAAAAUGCCUGGGGAAAAGUAAAGGCCGAAAAUACCCACCAAUGGAUCAAGAGUCUAGGGCAUUCCUUUCGAACUACUACAGAGAUCACAAUGUGGAACUAUCCAAACUGCUGCACAGACUGGGACAACCUUUGCCAUCGUGGCUCAGACAAGAACUUCAGAAAUGUAUCUUUCCUAUGCAUUUUAUAAAGUGUGGACCCAAGGACUGGAUGCUCCCCAACACUGCUACAUCUACAGCAACGGAUAAAGAUUCAUAAGCGACACAAACUCUUACAUCUGCCAUGUUGCAAGAACUGGAUUUAUAUAAAUAUAUAUAGAAAACAUAAUCGCUCCCCCCCCACACACACACAAACAAACUGGAAAGUAAUUCCAAUAUGUACUUUGAUGUUUAAUGCCUUGAAAAUGGAUUGUUUCUACCGAACUGUUGCAAAUCCCAUUUGCCUGGAUAUAUACUUGAUGCUGGAACUAAAGGGGACAAAGCUUUCAAUCACCCUGGAAUUUUUUUAGGUUUCUUUGUUUGUUUAGGGGGAUAAACUAUGUGCAUACACCUCAUUUUUUUCUUCCUCACAAUUCUACAGAAUAAACAUUUCUGCUGCAAUAUUC